AUGGCUAUUGUACAAGAAAGAGAUGGAUCUUGGCUAUUGAUACUUCAUAGCUCUUCUGAUAAUUCCAUACUUUCAAUCGAUUUUUCGAAAAAUUCUAUAACUGCAUUUACGUUAACUUCGAGCCCAGAAGAAACAAUUAUGUUGAAAGAUUUUGAAGCCAUUGGAAUCUUAGUUGCUCAAUUAUACUUGGCCAAACCUGAUGUAUGGCUUUUUAGAGACUUCUUAGAUAAGCAUUAUCUUAUUUAUGCACAGUCGGAUAAUAACUUUGAAAGUUUAUCUUAUUCAAGAACUCCUGAAUACUAUUCACGAACCCAGCGAUUCAUUGGUGUCAAGAUAAUAUUUGGAGGAAGUGCUGUAAGCAGUGACCAGUGGUAUUUGUUACAAAAUAUUAAUACGAUUAUUGAAUUUAUUAGGAUUCCCAAUGUCGUUGAACGUUUUGAUGUUAAAGGAUUAUUAAAAUCUAUUCCGACAGAAAUUACAUAUCUCUCUCAAGAAGGUGUUGCACAAGCUAAUGUGCUGUCUGCACGUUUUCUUCAAACGAAUAAUGAUUCAAUAGCAGCUUCCGUUAUUUCAAAUUUACCGGAGGCUUUAAUUAGUAAUAUGGGUGAUGUUGAAAUUUUGUCAUAUAUGAGAGACGCGAAUGAUGAUGGAAACCAUGAAAAUUUUUACAAAAAUUUUAAGAAUGUUUCAAUAUAUCUGACUAAAUCUGGCCAAUUGGCAACAGUAAUUCCAUCAAAAGAUGGUAGAGGUACUGGAUAUUUAGAACUGUUUAAUCCUAUCCAAAAAGUAUUAUGGAGAAUCGUUCUUCCACUGGCCAUUCCUGGCAUUGACAAAACUAAUCCAAUACUUUCAGCAACGGGUCAUCAAUACAUACAAGGUGAUAGGAUGGCGACAUCUUUGUUGGAAUUACCUAACGGUGAUUUAUUAACAAUGGAUAAUAGUGGUGUUGUAAGAAUAUGGCAAGUUGAUGCAGGUGAAUUAGUAAAAGCAGCUAAUGCAUGGAAAAAGUUGGUUGGCAAUAUUGAUAAACGUAUUGGAGGAGAUAGUGGUGAUCCAAUGAAUUCUAAAGGAAGACAGCAAACCUUUGUAGAUGUCGAGAAUUUGGAGCUUAGAGCUGAAGCUAAGCAACCGGUUGAACUUACCGACGCUCAAAUGGAAUUGCAUAAAUUGGUAAUGCAAAAACGACUUGAACAAAUCAACAUGACUCACGAAGAUUUUGAGUUAUAUCGUUCAUAUAAAGCCGAUGUUCAACGUCAAAUUCGAGAACUCCAUAUAAUAUUGGAAAGUAUUGAAGCUAAAGAUAAAGAACGUAUAUGGUUAAAAAAUCAAAGUUCCGGAGAUGUAGAUGAUACCAAAUUAAUUGAAGGAUUAACUGGCGAUGUAAAUAUUUAUAAACGUCGCGGUGAGAAUGAUCCUGAGAGUGGGUUUUAUCAAGCUCAUCCUAAGAAGAUAUAUUUUGUUUUCGAUUUAAGUGCCAGUAUGUAUCGAUUCAAUUCUCACGAUCGUCGAUUAGAUCGUUCUAUGGAAGUUGCUCUUAUGAUUAUGGAGUCAUUUAAAUCUUUUGAACAUAAAUUCCAAUAUCAAAUUUUUGGACAUAGCGGAGAUUCACCUAAUAUUGAAUUCGUAAAAAAGGGGGAAUAUCCACGCACCGAAAAGGAGACAUUUAAAGUUUUGAGUAGAAUGCAUGCUCAUUCACAGUUUUGCCUUAGUGGAGAUAAUACACUGAGUGCAGUGACACAUGCUAUUAAAGAUAUUACAAAAGAAAUAGCAGAUGAUUAUUUUGUUAUUGUGCUUUCUGAUGCUAAUAUUCAACAAUAUAAAAUUAAUCCGGAGGAUAUUGCGAAAGCGUUGAAAGAAGACGAGAGAGUAAACUCUUUCAUAAUAUUUAUUGGAUCUUUACAAGAUCAAGCUGAAAAACUAAAGAAAAGUCUUGGUAGCCACGCGCAUAUUUGUUUGGAUAACAAGGAUUUACCGCAAAUUAUGAAAUCUAUUUUCUUGGCCUCGAUGUUAAAAGUUUAA